AUGCAAGUGCACGCAGGGCCGUCCAGUGCGUGCGCGAGCCGGUCGGCCGCCUCGAGCUCGCUCGGUCUCGCUCCUCUCUGCCCCGGCCUCGUCGCGGCUCCUUUGCCGCCUCCCCGCCGUCACGGCCUGCAGCGUCGCAUACGACUCGCCCUGCCGUUCGCCCCGCCGCUGCUGGGUCCUCGCCAGCUCCGGCUCCCGCGCCACCCGGCCUCCGCCACCUACGCGAGCUCAGCCCAGGCCGGCUUCGAGCUGCCUCUGGCUGGCUCCCGCGCCGCUGCCCCGGCCAUCAGCGGUGCCGCCCCAAGGGCCGCUCCGCUCCUCUGCGCCUCGCGCGCGUGCGCGUCCGCGCCGUCCCUGCCCUCUGCCCCGACCCGGUGUCGCCCUCGCACGCAUCGCCUGCUACGGCCGCCUCAGAGCUCGGCUGCGUCAUCCCUGUUCAGCACCUGUCCCCCUUUGGGUUCACGAGCCGCCGGUCGGGUCGGGCGGCUCGCGCCGCCUACAGCCUCCCUCCGAGGUUGUCAUCGCCCUCCCGGUUCCGCGCGCGCCUCCCCACCAGGCUGGCUCCGGGCCCCGCCGGCUGCUAGGUGCUCCGCACCAGCCGGCUUCGGCUCUGCCCCGUCGGUCCACGGCCGGUGCCGCGCGCCUAAUGCACCCUCCGCCGGCUCCAGCGCUCGCAGUGUGCGCCGCUCGUUCGGGUUGCCGCUGCCGCCUCGCGCUCCGCCUCCGGCGCGCCGGCCGGGUGGCCGCUGCCAGCUCCCGCGCGCCCUCCCUGCCGCACGGCCGGCUGCGCCGCGCCCGUCAGCAGCUGCCCCAGCCCCGCGGCCGGCCUCCCCCGCCUCCGUGCGCCCUGCUCAGGCAGGCUACGGAUCCUCCGCGCAGCCCUCCUGGACGCCCGCGGCCGGCUUCGUCCGCUCCACCCUAGCCGCUGCCUUGCGUGCUCACGCGCUCCUCCCCCGCAGCCGGCUUCCCUCGCCGCCGGGUGCUGCGCUCUCGCUCCAGCCGCCUGCUGCCGCUGAGUACUCGAAAAGAAGAAAAGAAUAA